CACGUUUCCUCAAGUUUUUGUCGCAGCUUUUUCCUCUCUUUCCUGUGGAAGCGGAGGGGUUCGCCAUGCUGCUGGCUCUGCUCAGCUGCUUCUGCUCCUCCGUGCUGGCGGCGGCCAGCGGCGGGAAGCUGCCCGAGGCGGAGGUGAGCAUCGAGGUCCUGCACAGACCCUUCAUCUGCCACAGGAAGUCCAAGUACGGAGACAUCAUGCUGGUGCAUCAUGUGGGAUCCUUCGAGAACGGGACCGUGUUUCACUCCACUCGAGAACACGGAGACAAGCAGGCAGUGUGGUUCACCCUGGGCAUCAGAGAAGUGAUCAGAGGCUGGGAUAAAGGUCUGCAGAACAUGUGCGCUGGAGAGAAGAGGAAGCUCAUCGUACCUCCAGCCCUGGCCUAUGGGAAAGAAGGAAAAGGUAAAAUCCCACCAGAGAGCACACUGAUCUUCAUUAUCGAGGUGCUGGAGAUCAGAAACGGGCCGAGGUCACACGAGUCCUUCCAGGAGAUGGACCUCAAUGAUGACUGGAGGCUUUCCAAGCAAGAGGUGAAAGCGUACCUGAGGAAGGAGUUCGAGCGCCAUGGCUAUCCUCCCAAUGACACUCUACAUGAGAACAUGAUGGAGGAUAUUUUCGCCAGGGAGGAUGAGAACAAGGAUGGCUUUAUAUCCUCCAGAGAGUUCACUUAUAAACAUGAUGAACUCUGAAGUCCCGCGUGGCUCUAUCCUGAUUCAAAGGGUGGAAAUAUGUGCAGGAAAAAAAAACACCUCAUAUCUCAACUAUUGAUUGAGUUUUAUAUUUGUGGCAAUUUGUUUGUGUGUGUGUGUACUAUGGGAGAAACUGAGCUUCUCGGCUGGUGUUGUAACGGGUGAUCUUUUUCGUGAUUCGUUUUAUUAACUGGUAUUUUUUGUUUGUUUUUGGGACCACUGUUAGCUUAACUGGGCUUUGUGUGAGAUUAUUUCUUUGUAAUUUCAUUUUUUCUCAUUGUCAGACCGAUGUUUUGAUCAUGAAACUGCAGAAACUCUGGUGAAGCUUAUCUAGUAGCACUGUUCGUCUUAAUUAGAAAUGCUGCUUGUAAGACGCACAAAGACACAUGAACACCUCAGUGAGAGCCAUCAAAUAUUACAGUAAUUGAAGAUGUUUUUGUCUGGCAUGUGGAAAUAACUGAGACACACGUCAGUGUGUGGACAGAAUCCAUUGUUGAGACCAAGCCUUUGACGUUUGACUUAUGAGCCGCUAAUACCCUGAAAUACAUUUUAGAAAGGUUUGUCAUGACAGUAAGAUAAGACAGAAAUCACACGGGAAUCAGAUAGAUUUACUCUGUUAUUUUAACAUUGUACCACCAGCUGUCUUUAGACACACGCGUAAUUUUGAUCCAGAGAAUUUGACUAUAAUCCGGCCCAGCCUGUUUCUACACUUUUUAUUCAUCUCAGCACAUCAAGACGAAGCCCAAGGAGGAGAGGACUGUAUUUAUGUGAAUGUAAAACAAAAGGAGAGCAGGAGAACUUUUUAAAAAGAUACUUUGGUUUAUUCGAUGGUCACACCAGUAGGUGAAACUGUUUUCUCGGUGUUAACAGUCUGUUAGAGAAAGGAGGAAAUACAUCUCUUUUAUUAUAAAAGGCAACAUUAAAACUGAGUCACAAAAAAAAGUCAAAAGAAUUCAUUCUAAAAGAAAAGCUUAAAGUGAGAAAGGCACCAUUGUACCUCACACACACUGAUAAGCAGGCGCCUGAGGUUUAAGUUCACCUGAAUAGUUCCCUAAAAUUCUAAUGUACUUGUCAAAGUCACUUUUCUUAUUCAAGAUUAGGCCACAAUAAUUUUUUCUCUUAUGAAUGAAAAAACAAUUCCACAUGAUCUCACUAUGAAUAAGAUGCUUUUUGGGUGAAGCAAAGACCUUAAAAGUGCUACAGUAUAGAGGAACAGAUCAAGGCAAAACAACAAAAGCCUCAGACGAGAUUUCAACACUGAAAUGAUGGAGUUAACGGCAUGACAGUCACAAUGAAUAAAGCUGGAA